AUGGACUCUCCGUCCGGCGCCACAUUGGCGCCCCCAGCAGUUGCCUCUUUGAGGGCACAACAAACAACUGCCAUGGAGAGGUCCUUGAGUCAGGACAUUAGGGAAGAACGUGAGGAGCUUCGCGAAGCCGCGGAACAGACUCUCAAUACAAUCGUCGACCUCAAUUUCGAUGGAACUAUUAAAUGGGUCAGCCCUUCCUGGACCGACGUCGUGGGCACUCAGUUUGAGACUGUCAAUGGCGCACAUAUCUCAGAAUUGAUAGUCAGCGACAACAAGAACGUCUUUUUCGAAGCUGUCGAAUCUAUGAAGAAGGAUGACUCUCGAAGUCAUCGAGUACGAUUUACAGUCCAACUGGGACCCCUUUCGAAGCUAUUACCUAUUGACGACCUUGAACAUGAUCCCGAAGACCAGCCGUUCCAUGUCGUGGACCUCGAAGCUCAGGGAAUUAUGGUCUAUGAUAGUGUUUCGGGUGGUGAGAGCCAUACAAUGUGGAUGAUCCGUCCCUGGGUUGCUCCACGAGAGAUCAAGAUCGACCUACCCAACGUUAUUGUCGAUUCGCUAGGCUCAGGUGCUGAAGUUUUGGCGAGUUAUUUGACCCAACUCGCCGAGAGCGGGCUCGACGAUCCUGAACAAUUAGAACCUCCACCGCCUGUCCUCUGCCGGAUUUGCGAACGCCAAAUUCCUCGCUGGUGGUUUGAGAAACACACUGAUUUAUGUCUUCAAGAACAUCGGGCUGAGAUGGACGUCCAGAUGGCCCAAGAAAACCUGACUGAACAUCGACAUUCGAUCGUCAAGGUCCUCGAUGCCCUGGAGGCCCGUAAGAGCCGGUCUCUAGCCGGUGAUCAAACCCCUGUACCCGUUGCUGAGUACAAAGGCUUGCCAAUUGGACCACCGCCGUCAACACAGUCAUCUCCUGGUAGCUCACUACCCCGAUCUCGGGAACGCUCUGGAGGAUUUGGGCAUACUAGGGCACGCUCGUUCGCUAUUCGUCGACCGCAAGCUCGAAUCGUAGAGUUACUGAUGGAUCUUUGUGACACUGCCAUUGAGGUCAGCACACCUGCCAUAAAGGAGUCCACAACACAACAAAACAAUGGCGAAUUUAGAACGCAAUCGCCGCAGUCUGAAUCACGCAUAUCACAGGUUCUACAAUGGCAGUCGCCAAGCACAAACACACUUGAACAAGAACAAGGCUUGGCUCUACUGUGUGCUGAUACAGAAAAGGUUGCCAGAACCAAAGUCGACGCCGUUUUUCGCCACAGGAAGAUUAUUGAAUAUGCUGAGCGUAUCCGUAUCGAGCUCGCAUGCCUUGUUCAGGACUGCAUUGACGAGGCGUUGAGGAAGGCAGCUCGCAUAGCCAAUGGCGAGCUGACCGACUCAACUGAAGAAGGAAGACUGAACUCUGAAUACGAGCAGUGCGAUUCAUGCGACGAGGCUGUGGAAGCAGAUGAAGAUAUUCCUGCAGAACCGUUGGCGCCCGAGCCUCAGCAAUUCGAACAACGGGAUAGCGAAAGCUUGGCGGGACCCCUCAACAGUCCAUCCGUGUUGGCCACGGCUCUUCGUCAAAUGAGUCUGUCCGAAAACCGGGAUCGAUCUCGACCAACCUCCUUUGUGGCUUCUACUAGAUCUAGCAGUCCAAAGGAGUGCCCAACACCUCGAUCGCAUUUUGGUGGGCAGAGCAAUCUGGGAUUUCAAGCUCGUGAUACCCGUAGAGACUCCAUCUACAUGGAAGGGGAUUUCCUGGAUAGCGAAGGCAGCUUUAGGUCGUCUUCAGUUACGUCUCGCAAUGCCCCCAGGACUGAGUCGCCCAUCUCAGAAUUUGGCGAUCUUCGGCGUGCUGCUAGUACAAGGAGACGUCACCGAAGAAGUCUCAUCUUGCCCGGUACUUCGUCCCCUCACCGUCAGGAGUCGCCUUCCCGCCCUGGGCAACCAUCUUCCCCUUUACGGAUCAAAGCCAGAGGGUUCCCACUGUCCCAGGAGGGUCUGGUGUCCCCAGAAGCAUCGCCCAUGCUUCCUGGUAGUGAUUUUAGCUCUCCUGCUACCCACAGCCACAGACACCAUCGUAGACAGUCGUCGGCAGCCAUAUCUGACUUUGUCAUGAAGCCGCCACCAUCCCCUCGCCUGGGCGCCAACCAAGCUCCUCCACAACAACGGCCGACCCAGCCAUCGAUCAAAGAUUUCGAGAUCAUUAAGCCUAUCAGCAAGGGUGCUUUCGGUAGUGUAUAUUUAUCAAAGAAAAAGUCCACAGGAGAAUACUUUGCAAUCAAAGUCCUUAAGAAAGCUGACAUGGUGGCCAAGAACCAAGUUGGCAACGUCAAGGCGGAGCGUGCCAUCAUGAUGUGGCAAGGAGAAAGUGAUUUUGUCGCCAAGCUUUACUGGACGUUCUCAAGCAAAGACUACCUCUAUCUUGUGAUGGAGUAUCUUAACGGCGGUGACUGCGCGUCUCUGAUCAAGGUUCUUGGAGGGCUUCCCGAGGAAUGGGUAAAGAAGUAUCUUGGCGAGGUCGUCUUGGGUGUCGAGCACCUUCAUAGUCGCGGCAUUAUCCAUCGCGACUUGAAACCAGAUAACCUUCUUAUUGAUCAAAAGGGUCACUUGAAGCUCACGGAUUUUGGUCUCUCGCGACUGGGAUUAGUUGGCCGACAGAAGCGCGCGUUGAACAGCGAGAUCUCGGACGGAACACCAGACCUACUCAAACAAGGUCCUUUUGCUCGAUCUGCAUCUAUUGCAUCUUCAAGAUCAGCAUCUCUCGAUUUGCAUGGCCAUACUCAGUCUCCCAGCCAGACACCUCAAAUGACCCCAGAGGUUGGCAGCUUAGCCCAACCGUCUUAUUUCAGCCUUGGUCAGGAACCUCGCCGAAUAUCAGGCACUCACCGAAGUGACAGCGGCGGUAGCGAGACGCUGGCCCGCAUGGUCACCAACUUUUCCUUGAAUGACGCUGAGACGGCAUCUCAAGCCAACAGUAUCAAGUCACCGCUAGAUGAGGAAGUGAUUGCACAGGGCUCACCAGAUCUGCCCAUGAGUGUUGGCUCAAGGAUGAGUAUGGAUAGCCAUGCCAGAAACUCUUUACCACUCUCCAAUAUGAUGCCUCCACCAAUGGCUCUGUUCAACCCUGAAGACACCAACCGGCGUUUUGUAGGGACACCCGACUAUCUGGCUCCGGAAACUAUCAAGGGCGACAAGCAAGAUGAGACAAGCGAUUGGUGGUCUGUUGGCUGCAUCCUCUUCGAAUUUCUCUACGGAAUCCCUCCCUUUCACGCUGGUGAGGCCGAGCAUGUUUUUGAGAAUAUUCUUGCACGGAAGAUACAAUGGCCAGAUGAGAAUGAAUGCGAACCGAUAUCCGAGGAAGCUAAAGAUUUGAUCAACAAGCUACUGUGCAUGGAGCCUCACCAGCGACUGGGCUCCAACCGGGAAGAUAAGUUCCCAUCUGGAGGCGACGAGAUUCGCAGCCACCCUUGGUUUCAGGAUGUCAAUUGGGACACACUUUUGGAAGACGAGGCUCAAUUUGUGCCACAACCCGAAAAUCCUGAAGACACAGAAUAUUUCGAUGCCAGAGGAGCCGUCCUGCAGUCGUUUGCUGAGGAAAUGGAAGACCAAGCGUCUCCUCAAUCUUCGGCAGCGGGUUCUGAAUAUGCCGAGCGACCACACGAUGCUCUUUCUCGGGUUCGGUCACAGGUCAAUUCCAUCAAUCGGAAACUCAUGCCAUUGCACAUCCCACCUCACGUCCGUGAUCUGAAAUCGAGACGUCUGAGCGAGCCCGUCGCGAUGGAUGAUUUUGGCUCCUUCUCGUUCAAAAACCUUCCUGUGCUGGAGAAGGCUAACAAGGACGUGAUUCAAAAGUUAAGAGCUGAGGCGCUGGCUGCGCAGAGCAAAGGAACCUCCACCAGCCCUGGAGCGGUGAGCAGCGUUGUGUCACCGGGACCAUCUCUCGAAGGCAGUCCUGUCUUAUCCAACCCUGUUUCUCGAACUAUUUCCAAUGCUAAAGCGACGAACCGAGCACAGUCGCCCUCUGGUUUUGGUCAUGUGAGCGCAUCCCCUAACCGGGCCUCUCAGCCUUCGUCGCCACUACUUGUGUCAUUUGUUGCGGGGCAAGGAGCCGAAGGCCGACGGAAGGCAUCAAGUAACUCGUCCAGCCUGUCGCAUCAAUCAACCGCUGCGACUCUGCAGCCAAGUUCAGCAUUUGAGAUACCCAAGGUGCCGCCGAGCCUACAAAAGGCCGCCACCACAGUCGCGGCAUCGUCUCCUGUGCAGACUCGCAGCGCAGCCCCACCUCCAUUGUCUUUGUCGCCUCAGAAGACUAUAUCGACUCCAAGACAGUCGAGCAAUUCAUCCGCAGGACGUUCAAGGUCGCUCACUGUGGGUUCACAGUCUCAAGAUGGCAGCCCUGUUGCUUCUGACAUAAUGCAUCAUCAUCGGAACAGGAGAAGUCAAGUCUUUGAUAUGUCUCCAUCUUCGUCAGAUAAUGAAGGCGAGAAGCAUAACGCCCUUCUCCGAGUGCAGAGGCGCAGGCAGAGCUCAAGACGACUUUCACAGAUUGCUUUUGAUGAAGGACCUACUUUCCGACCAUUGGACGUGCUGAUAUGUGAGGAUCACCCAGUAUCUCGUAUGGUCAUGGAAAAACUGCUCGAGAAGUUGAGAUGUCGAACUAUUUCUGUGCCGAAUGGAUCGGAAGCUGUUCGGUAUUCAAUGAGUGAAAUCAAGUUUGAUGUCAUUUUCCUUGAAUAUCAGCUUCCUCAGAUCAACGGCGCUGACGUAGCACGGAUGAUCCGCGAGACCAAGAAUGCCAAUUCUCACACGCCCAUCGUGGCGAUCACGGCUUACCUGAAGGAGCUCCAAGCACCACAUUACUUCGACUCGCUGAUCGAGAAGCCAAUCAGUUCCUCCAAGCUCACUGAAGUCCUGCAAGGCCUGUGUCGAUGGCGACCUGAAUCACCAGGGCACCCAUCGGGUAUGCCACGGCCGGUUCCAUUGGGAAUUCGCAAGGCUAAUUCUCGCCUUGAAGAUAGCCCUACAUCGGGCUCGUCCAUUUUUGCUGGCCGCUUGGGAGCCGCGAUGAUGUCCAGCCGCGAAGAUUCGAUUACGUCGUCUUUGUUUGGUGAUUCGGAGUCAGUGACGACCGAAGAGUUACCGGUCGUCGUAAGCCGCAAGGGCACAAACGAAUGGGACGAAGGGGGCUUGAAUAUUACUGAAAAUAACGAUGCCCAUGAGCCUACAAAAAAGACGAUUCCUCAACUUGUGGCCCAGCAGUCCGCCCCAGCCCAGAUGGAACACCGCCCCCGAGGCAAUGACAAGGUGAAAGUGAAGCGUGAAGGCUCUGAACAAAGAAUGUUGGAAGGCACUGAAUCGGCUGAUGACGAGGAUGAAGAGCUGGGAGGUGGCAGAGAGAAACAUCAUGAACAUCAUGGCCGCAAUAGCCAGCAGAUGCUGAGUAAAGCCAGUCUACCCAGCUCCAAGCUCGGCAUAGAGAUGAUGCGAGCGAACAGUCACGACAGCUUGACGGUGGGCUCAGAGAGCACGCCUGAAGCUGUAACCCAAGUUGUGACGACACCGUCGAAGGAGAUGGAAACGGGAAUCCUGGAUGGUGAAAUUGUCACCGAAACUACAGCACGUACACCUCCUGAUUCAGAGACGAAAGUUGAGGAUAUUACACCCAAAACCGACAAGGAUGGAACUGGCAGCGUAGAUGCAACGCCCCGCCCCCCGGUCGUUGCGAGAGAUGGUGAUUGCGGUGAAGACGAGGAAGCAACACCAAGACCGAUCGGGAAAUAA